AUUCUCCAUUUUUUUCCUAGGGGUGCUUGGAUCCCGGUUUCCACAUUCAGCAAUAUCUUUUCCAUAUAAAAAUUAGUAAUUAAUAAAGAAGAAUGAAGAGUUUUGCUGCUAAGGUAGAAGAAGGAAGAGAAGGUAGAAAUGGUAAGCCAUGUGUAGGACCAGUAUAUCGCAACCUUCUAUCCAAACAUGAAUUUCCACCAUCGGAUCCUCAUUUAACUUCCACUUGGGAUAUUUUCAGCAUGGCUGUCAAAAAAUAUCCUCAAAACCCUAUGCUGGGAUGGCGUGAAUUUGUUGAUGGAAAGGUAGGACCAUAUAAGUGGAAAACAUAUAAGCAAAUUUAUGAUGAAGUGCUACAUAUUGGUUCUGCUCUACGUGCAUCUGGUGCCAAACAUGGCUCACGAAUUGGAGUUUAUGGAUCAAAUUGUCCACAGUGGAUUGUGGCAAUGGAGGCUUGUUGUGCUCACAGCUUGGUUUGUGUGCCUCUCUAUGAUACACUUGGGUCCGGUGCUGUAAACUUUAUCAUAAGUCAUGCAGAAAUAGAUUUUGUGUUUGUCCAAGAUAAGAAAGUUAUGCAACUUUUGAAUCCUGAUUGUAAAUCUGCUUCGAGAUUGAAAGCGAUAGUUUGUUUCACUUCAUUAACAAAUGAAGAGAAAAGUAAAGCCACAAGCAUUGGGAUUAAGCCAUAUUCAUGGGAAGAGUUCUUGCACAUGGGAAAAGAAAACCCAUCAACAAUUUUACCACCACAUGCUCAUAAUAUAUGCACAAUAAUUUAUACAAGUGGAACUAGUGGAGAUCCAAAAGGUGUUGUUUUGACGCAUGAAAAUAUAACAUAUUUUGUUAGAGGAAUGGAUAUUUUCGCGGAACAAUUCGAAGAAAAGAUUACUGUUGAAGAUGUGUAUUUAUCCUUUCUUCCUUUGGCUCAUAUCCUUGAUCGCACAAUUGAGGAGUAUUUUUUUCAUAAGGGUGCGUCUGUUGGCUACUACCAUGGGGAUCUAAUGGCAUUGAGGGAUGAUUUAAUGGAAUUGAAACCAACGUUGUUUGCUGGGGUUCCCCGAGUCUUUGAAAAGGUCUAUGAAGGUAUCAAGAAAGCAGUGGAAGAGCUCAAUCCAGUGAGAAGAAGCGUUUUUUAUAUGCUCUACAAAUAUAAACUUGGGUGGAUGAACAAGGGAUACAAACAAUUGAAUGCAUCACCUUUAGCUGAUCUAUUAGCUUUUAGAAAGGUCAAAGCUCGGUUAGGGGGGCGUGUUCGACUAGUAAUAGUUGGAGGAGCACCCUUGAGUUCAGAGAUCGAAGAAUUCUUACGUGUUACUUCAUGUGCUUUAGUAUGUCAAGGUUAUGGUUUGACUGAAACAUGUGGGUCAACUACACUUGCCUUUCCUGAUGAAAUGUGCAUGCUUGGUACUGUUGGUCCUAUAUCUGUAUACAAUGAACUACAACUAGAAGAGGUUCCUGAGAUGGGUUACAAUCCUCUUGGAAGUCCUUCAUGUGGUGAGAUAUGUCUUAGAGGGAAAACUGUUUUUACUAGCUACCACAAAAAUCCUGAGUUAACAACAGAAGUUCUAAGAGAUGGAUGGUUUCAUACAGGGGACAUAGGAGAAAUGCAACCUAAUGGUGUUGUUAAGAUUAUUGAUAGGAAGAAGAAUCUGAUAAAACUUUCUCAAGGAGAGUAUAUUGCACUUGAACAUUUGGAAAAUAUUUAUGGAAUCACUCCUAUAGUAGAAGAUGUUUGGGUUUAUGGGAAUAGCUUCAAGUCGGUGCUAGUUGCAGUGGUAGUUCCAAAUGAAGAAAUCACCAAAAGAUGGGCAUAUUCAAAUGGUUACAUGGCUCCUUUCUCUGAACUUUGUUCUCUUGACCAAUUGAAGAAAUAUGUGCUAUCAGAAUUGAAGUUGACUGCUGAGAGAAACAAGCUUAAGGGAUUCGAAUUUAUCAAAGGUGUCAUAUUAGAGCCAAAUCCAUUUGACAUGGAAAGAGAGUUGGUGACUGCAACAAUGAAAAAGAGAAGAAAUAAUAUGCUCAAAUAUUAUCAGGUUGAAAUAGAUGAAGUAUACGAAAGUUUGACAGGAGAUAAGCAUAAAAUUUGAGUUAUGCCAAAUGAGGUUGUUCAAUAUAAUGAAUAGUUUUAUAAGACCAACAGUUGUAAUUGUGGCUGGUUCUUAGUUUUAAAUUUUGUUAACAAAUACAUUUUCAUUUUAAAAAUCUGUACCCUUUUCGUAACUUAAUGCCAUUUCACACCUUGUAAUGAUAAAUCUUCUACGUGAAAAUUUCAAUUCAAAA